AGUAGGGGACGGAGUCUGAGUCUGUCACUUCAGUGUAGGGAAAUGUGAUCGACCGUUGCUGCUGCCGUUGCUGCUGCCGCUGCUACUACUACUACUACUACUACUACUACUACUACUACUACUACUAAUACUACUACUACGACCACUACUACUACUACUACUGCUACUACUACUACUACUACUACUACUGCUGCUGCUGCUGCUACUACUACUACUACUACUACUACUACUACUACUACUACUACUGUGACGACAACAGAUAUGAGCCAUAGUAGUUACACCAAUGACAACAUUUACAACACCUACAAUAACAAUAACAACGUCACUAAUAUUUACAAUAACGUCGCCAACAAUAACAGCAACUGCAACAACAACAACGCCACCACCAACAACACCACCACCACCAACAACAACAACAACAGCAAUAACGACCGUAAAAUUUUACCCGUGGGCCACCCUGUGACAUUCUCCAAUUCAUCUGUGUGUUGCACCCGUAAGAUAUGACUAAAGAACUUUGGUGUUUCUUAUUUAUCGCAUUUCGCUGUAAUGCUACAUUUGCUUUCCCGGGACUAUGUACAGAUCUUCACCCAGUUAACUUGCUUGCUUUAGCCAUUGAUGCCAGCAAGAAUAUCAGCUCAGGAAUCCGACGUAUAUUUGAUGUAGAAAGCCAAGUCGGGGCUUUUGUAAUGACCCAUAUAGAAAACCCACCAAGUUUUAGUGCAAAUCAAAUUUUUACCAAAUGUCCAUAUUUUCCCGAAGAAUUCUCUUUCUUCUUUACCUUCAAGUAUGAACCCGAUGGCAACAUAAGAAUCGGUAGUAACGGUGGUGGCAGUGCUAGUUGGGACAUUCAUGAUAAAGACGACAAACGAGUUCAAUGUAUCUUUUCUCUAAGAAAUAACAAAACUGGUGCUAAUUUAAUCUCUUUGGAAAUUGCUAAUCAUUUUGUAAUGUUCACCUAUAACCGGACAAGAAAGAAAUUUUUUGAUGUUAAAUUGAUGCGUUCUCAAUGGCAUAGUGCUGGAGUAAGUGUAAGCCAAAACAAUACCCAUUUGGUACUUGAUUGCAUCGACCAACAGAAACGACGCAUCAAAAGAACUUUCCCAGCUUUGAUGAAAAUUACGGAUGCUGUAUUCCAUCUGGGCGAAUGUUCAAAGAAAACUACACCUUUUCAGGGUCUUCUGAAAGAACUACUAUUUUUGCCUGGAACAGAUGCCAGUAGUUUAGCUUGUCCACAGAAUCGAAUAACCGCUGGCAGUGACAAUACAUUGGUUUCUUCAGGGAUAUGGAAUAAACCUCAAAGGUUGGAAGACGGAAGCUGUACGUGGAAAGAUAUGGGUAACGUGGCGUAUGACUUACAGAAAAACCUUCUUAAGGUCUGUGUUAAUGGAAUAUGGAAGGAUACACCUAAGACUCGCAGUUGUCGGUUGGAUUACUUCGAAUGGUACCAAGACAUAAAGGUCGACGGUGGAGCUGUUGAUGUUGAGGUGUUUACAAUUCCUGGGGAAGGACUGUUUGCUGCUUUUGCUAGUAAUUCACAGAGCAACAACAAACAGAACAAGCACAAUAGAAGCCAGAAACCCAAAUUAGUUGCAGAUCAUAGUGGCUCUUCGGCGGUGUAUAAAUGGUCAAACGAUAAGCUGAUACUCUAUCAGAAACUACCGACAGAUGCUGCGCAUUCUUUCAAAAGCUUUAAGAUGGACAAUCAGUUUUUCUUGGCUGUUGCCAAUUAUGGCGCCUCUAUGAAUGGUUCAGCAACAAGUUCUACAAUAUUUCGCUGGAGUGCCAAACGGAAAAAAUUCAGAAUAUUCCAAAUACUUCGGACUUGGACCGCUACUGAUAUUGAAUAUUUCAAUAUUCGAGGAAAGAAAUUUAUAGCUGUAGCGAAUUACGCCAAAGGAAACAGUCUUCACACGACAUCUGUCAUUUACCGCUGGAACCGGAAACUGAGAAAAUUCGAGAAAUAUCAGCUCUUGAAAACAAUAGGCGCUCGUGACAUAACAGCUUUCAGUGUCCAAGACUAUCAGUUCUUGAUUAUAUCUCAUGCUUUUGAUGGGCGCAGUACUUUGUUGCAUUCAGUAGUAUACAUUUGGCACAAUGACAAGUUUGUCAAAUUCAACAGUAUGGAGACAAUGGGUGCUGUGGAUUGGGAGUAUUUCACUAUCAACGAUGAUCAUUAUUUGGUUGUGGCAAACAGUUACAAUUUUGGGCCGCAAAACUUUAAAAAAAUCAACACUUACAAUACAAAAUCAACAGUGUACAAAUUGAAUAUUCAAAAGAAAGCCUUUGAGAAAUUCCAGAGUAUCCCAACCUAUAGCGCAAUCGAUUGGGAGUUCUUCAGUAUUGGCGACCAGAAAUACCUUGUUGUGACAAAUGCACAAAAUUCUAAUGACCCCCAUGAGCAUUACAGCGUGAUUUACCGUUGGCAGGGAGUUGAUCAGUUUGUACCGAUUCAUCGAAUGAAAGUAUUGCCAUCUGCUGACAUUGAAGUAUUUCAUAUCAAACAGGACAUAUUUUUACUUUACGCAAAUCCAAAGUCUAACAUAUCACAGAUUCUUCGAGCAAAAUUUGUAUAAAAUAUUCUUAUAUAUUUUAGAAUGAAAUAUAUUCUUAGAUAUCUGUUAAUACUA